UCAUCCACUUUCUCGUCCAUCUUCAUCAACCCUUUCACACACCCACCACACCCCCCCCCCCCCCCCCCCCCCCACCCCCCCCCCGCGUCUCUGCCAAUCUCCCAAUACUCCUUUCCAGAGAAUCUGAAGAAUUUUCCGAGAGAAAAAACCAAUCCCGGUCCCAAACCCAGAUCCAAAAGACCCCUUCGGAGUCUACCUUCAGAGUCUACCUUCAUUUUUUCUUGACGGUGAUCGUUAGCAGAUUAGGAUUUCUUCUCCGACUACGAAGUCCCAAUCCCAUUCUUUUUUCUCACAACAAUAAUCUUUACCCACUACCAAUUUCCAUUAAAAAAGAAGGCCUUUUUUCUCGCUCUCUUUUCCUUCACGUUCUUUUUCUCAUCCCGAUUAGCCAAGAAAAAACUCCCGUGUGAUGACCCUAAAACCCGAGUUUAAUUCGGUGAUUAAUGGGGUUCCCUUAGGAUUUUAAUUUUCUAGUACAGCUAGAUGCUAGAGCUCUCUCUACAUAUAUCGGUUAGACUUUUUUUUUUGAGGAAGUCCGGAUGUUUUAGUUUGGUUUUUGAUGUAUAGAAAAGGUUAUUUGAUUGUUGUGUUUGUGUUGGGACGCGAUGGAUCUGAGACUGAAUUGAAAUCGAAGAUCUGUCGGCGAUGAACAAAAGCUUUUAGAUCAUUGUAUUACCAGAUUGUAUUGGAUUGCCAGCUAAGACGGUGAAGGGGCUGAGCUUGCUGCUUGUCUUUGUUUGAUUGGGAGCUGAAUCAUGGAGCAUGUGAUUGGUGGAAAGUUUAAGCUCGGGCGGAAGAUCGGUAGCGGAUCGUUUGGCGAGCUCUAUUUGGGGGUUAAUGUACAAAGUGGAGAGGAAGUGGCUGUCAAGCUGGAGUCUGUGAAGACCAAGCACCCUCAGCUUCACUAUGAGUCAAAAUUAUACAUGCUUCUGCAAGGAGGAACGGGUAUUCCCCAUCUGAAAUGGUUUGGUGUUGAGGGUGAGUACAAUGUUAUGGUUAUUGACCUUCUUGGACCAAGCCUAGAAGACCUAUUCAACUAUUGCAACCGGAAGUUUACUUUAAAAACAGUUUUGAUGCUUGCAGAUCAGUUAAUAAACAGAGUUGAGUAUAUGCACUCACGGGGUUUUCUUCACCGUGACAUAAAGCCUGAUAACUUUUUAAUGGGUUUAGGGCGCAAAGCUAAUCAGGUAUAUAUAAUUGAUUAUGGUCUGGCAAAAAAGUACAGGGAUCUUCAAACACACAAGCACAUACCGUACAGGGAAAACAAAAAUCUCACAGGAACUGCUCGUUAUGCAAGUGUUAAUACUCACCUUGGAGUUGAACAAAGCAGAAGAGAUGAUCUGGAGUCUCUUGGUUAUUUGCUUAUGUACUUUCUGAGGGGAAGCCUUCCUUGGCAAGGAUUAAAAGCGGGUACUAAGAAGCAGAAGUAUGACAAGAUCAGUGAAAAGAAGAUGCUUACUCCCAUAGAGGUCCUUUGCAAAUCGUAUCCAUCAGAGUUCACCUCAUACUUUCAUUACUGCCGAUCACUAAGGUUUGAAGACAAACCAGAUUAUUCAUAUCUGAAGAGGCUUUUCCGGGAUCUAUUUAUUCGAGAAGGUUAUCAGUUUGACUAUGUAUUUGAUUGGACGAUAUUAAAGUAUCCUCAAAUUGGCUCCAGUUCUAGAGCACGACCAAGUGGGAAACCUGCAUUGAACCCAGGAACAUCUGCUGAAAAAACAGAGAAGCCUUCAGUGGGACAAGAAAUUCGAGAUAGGUUCUCGGGUGCUGUUGAGGCCUUUUCUAGAAGGAAUGGCUCAGGGCACGGUUUGCAUGGUGAUCACUCGAGGCACAGAUCUUCAGAUGAUGUGCCAUCGUCCAAGGAUGUGCAACCUGAUUCUGAAAGGGGACGCAGUUCUUCUCGUAAUGGCAGUACCUCAAAAAGGCCUGUAAAAUCAAGCAGCCGGCCUAGCUCCUCUGGUGAGCCCAGUGAGAAUCGGUCAAGUCGGCUGGUUUCAAGCAGUGGUCGGCUGUCCACCACCCUGAGGAUUCAACCUGGGUUUGAAUCCAAGACAUCAUCUUUUAACCGUAAUGCAGCCACCAGAGGUGGUUGAGAUGAUGCUCUUCGGAGCUUUGAGCUCCUGUCGAUCGGCACAGGAAAGAGGAAAUAAAGCACGAAUCCAUGUGGGAAGGAGUGCCUAAGUCAAGGCUCAAGACGACUCUUUUCAGUUUGUGACGAUGCCAGUAAUGUUAUGGUUUUGCCUCGGUUACUUUGUAUAUGUGUAUCAAUUGUUGGGUUCAAUUCACAGCUAAAAGCUCACUGAAAUUUCUCCCAAAAAUACGUCCAGACGCUUGUACCCCACUGGGUCUCAAGCCUUUAUAAUGAGAUGUGGCUCUUUAGACU